UGCCUCUUGUAUUGACGGCGCCACCUUUUCUCUCGUCCUCUCCCCGCACACGACGGCACACCGGAAGACAGCUCGUGGCGCGAACGCGGCGGCGGCGGCGGCAGCGGCGAGGUAUCUCUCAUUGGGAAGGACCAAUGGAGGACGACGAUACUGUACCGCAUCUUCCUAUGGACAUCAUGUACAAGAUCCCAGCACACAUAUCUGAUACAGCCUCCCUUGCCCGCCUUGCUUCGUCCAGCAAGUUCUGGCGCAAUCUCAUCAAGGACCCAACCUUCCUUGAUCGCCUUAGGAGGCGGCACCACGACCAUGGCUUCACCCCUUCCCUCCUUCUUGGCUUCUUCUACCAGGACAAGAAAAGGUCUUCUCCAAACCUCUGGAAGCAUCAUAUUGACAAAACACGCUGUUUGGCACCAAGCUUCAUGCGGGUGUCAGAAUUAUCACAAUUUGUUGGCAGCAAAUCCGCUCGCAAUGCUAUCAAGCCACUAUCCCUUGAGACCUUCAUUCCAGGUCUUGGUGCCAGCCUCAACUUCUAUAAGCCCAUUGCAUCCCAGGACAACUUCCUGGCCCUUCACCGUCAAUCAAAAGCUACCGCUGCCAAUGGUGGUUGGGCCAUCAAUGAUUUGUUAUUUGUGUGCAAUCCUCUCACUGGUGAAACCUUUGAGAUUCCUAGCCACUUAUAUGUACCUCCCGACCAUUAUGCCUUGUUUGUCUCCAAUGAUGUCGACAUUAACGGACGAAUGUCCCAGUCCUUCGAACUGACUGCCAUUUGGAUAAAAAAGGGAGAUCGUUUCAUCUGUGUGUGCUACAGCUCGAAGACUGGAACAUGGACGAGGUCUCAAGGAGUUCCUCAGCUAAUGCAUGGCCUUUACUUGGUGUCAUCCUCAACCGCUGCUUCGUUUGGUGUCAUCCGUUGGCUCUGUGGUAGCUGGAAACAAAUGUCAGUUACUCACGUUGCCACACUGCACAUUGGCAAUAUGGCGCUGUCAUACCUGGAGAUCCCACCCGAAGCAAAGCGCAACAAGGCGCCAGUGCCGGGGAGUUCAGCAGAUGGUGGGAUUCUGUUGGUCAUCGUGCAAGGGCUUCAGAUGACACUUUGGAAACACAACAGUGCGCUUGGCAGUGACUCCAGCAGCUGGGUGCUUUCUGAAAGGAUUGACAUGAGAAGUUCCUUGCCGCAGCGGGUGGCCACGUUGGGGAUCAGGGCAAAGGUCAGAUUGGAGAUGUUCCGAGGCAAAAGUGGGACGAUGGUGCUCUGGAUCGAUGAGGAAGGCCUCUUUCUGUUCAGCCUCAGCGAUAGGUCGAUGAGGAGGAUCGACAGAGCGCAUCUGACCAAGAAGUACUUCCUCUGCCCAUAUGAGAUAGAUUGGCUGUCCUGCCUCGCAAUCACGAACCUUGUCGUCGAUGGCUCGCUGUCUUUGGAUGCAGAAAGGCAGAGGACCCAAGGCAGAUGGAGGACAUUAAUGGGUAUGAAUUUGGCGACAAACGGAGCAUCUUAAUUGCCAUUGACCCGGUUUGUUGGUGGUAUGACAAUCAUUAAUUAUAAUAUCGUUGAACGUGUUUCCUUUUGUAUGAUCAUCAUAAUGAUGGCUAUUAGUUUGUUACAUCAGUCUAAUGGCAUUCACCGUGAAAACAUUUGCUCUUGUGUCCUAGUGAAACGCAAGACUUCCUACGCGGGUUUUUUUAAUUGAGCUAAGCUGUGUCUUUCUAGUGAACUAAGCUGUGGUUAACCAUGUUCUGUCUUUGCAUUUGAGCUGGUUGGCCAUUUUGUUGAAGGGGUGUGCAGGUAACGCCAUGGUAACAUGGCUCAAUGGCCGUCUGAUUUUGCUGGUACCAUGAAUUACUAUAUUCAGAAUCGCACCAUAUGUUAUCGUGACAAUCUUCUUCAACUUGUUGUUUUUCUUCAAAAAUUUCAGUGCUCUGCUGGAGUGGGUUAGUCAAAGGAACAUGUACAACUGAAUUUUCCUUUGUGGGUUUAAUCUCCGGACUGUCUUAUUUUACCGAAUGCUUGUGGAUGUUUUAAAGAACCGAGUUGGUUGUAGAGUUUAGGGUUAGUCCACUAAUCAAGCCUGGAACAACUUGAAGCUAACACUCGUUCUUUAUUGAGGUAUUGCCUAUCUGUCACCUACUUGUGUACUCAAUUUUGUGAAACGUUAGACAGCAGUGAUCUAUCCUUCAUAUCUGCAACGAGAUUUGAAUUGUGAUCCUAGGCAACCCUGGAAAGGACUUGGAAGACUCAGAACUGUCCUUUGGUAAAAUUUAUGUUGCGGAGUUGUAUUUUUUUUUUUCUGAUCCUGAAAA